AUUAGCCUUCUUCUUCGCUUUCCCCACACGCCACCGCCGGAACAUUCCAUGCCCUAGCCUAGCUUGCUGCUCACUGCCACUUAACCUGCCAAGCUAGCUUGCUACCUCCCUCCAUGCAAGAACGCUUGGUUAGCUAGGUGCUGCGAGACCUACGACGUGCUGCCUCCUGCCAUGGCGAGCGCGAGGCCGGCGCGGGGGGCGACGACGUGGUGCGGCGGCUGCGGCGCCUACCUGGCCGUGCCGGCGGGGGCGCGCUCCGUGCGGUGCGCGCUCUGCCACGCCGUCACGCGCGUCGAGCGCCGCCACGCCCUCGGCCUGGGCUUCAUCAUCAAGGGCCUCAUCAACGCGUUCGGCGCCUCCCCGCAGCGGCAGCUCGCCGGCGCGGGGGCACAGCAGACGACGAUGCCGCUGCCGGCGAGCUACCCGCGCUUCCGCGGCAAGAAGCGCGCGCUGCUCGUCGGCAUCAGCUACGCCGCCACCAAGUACGAGCUCAGGGGCACCGUCAAUGACGUCAACUGCAUGUCCUUCCUCCUCCGCGAGCGCUUCGGCUUCCCCGCCGACUCCAUCCUCGUCCUCACGCAGGAGGACGGCGACACGUACAGGGUGCCGACGAGGGCGAACCUGCUGCUGGCGAUGCGGUGGCUGGUGGAAGGGUGCAGCUCCGGCGACUCCCUGGUGCUCCACUUCUCCGGCCACGGCUUGCAGAAGCUGGACACCAACGGCGACGAGGUGGACGGCUACGACGAGGCGCUCUGCCCGGUGGACUUCGAGCAGGCAGGCGUCAUCCUGGACGACGAGAUCAACGAGACCAUCGUCCGGCCGCUCGGCCCCGGCGUGAAGCUCCACGCCAUCGUCGACACCUGCCACAGCGGCACCAUUCUCGACCUCUCUUACCUCUGCCGCCUGUCGAGAACCGGCUACUGGCAGUGGGAGAACCACAGCCGGCGGCCGGAGCUGGCCAAGGGGACCAGCGGCGGCCUCGCCAUCUCCAUCAGCGGCUGCAGCGACAGCCAGAACUCCUCCGACACCACGGCGCUCGCCGGCGCGACGUCGACGGGCGCCAUGACGUACAGCUUCAUCAAGGCGGUGGAGACGGAGCCCGGGACGACGUACGGGCGGCUGCUGAGCGCGAUGCGCGCCACCAUCCGCGACAACGGCGGCGACCUCGGCAUCCCGGGGCCCCUCGGCGCCUUCUUCCGCCGGGUCAUCACCUUCAGCUGCGCGCAGGAGCCCCAGCUGUGCGCCUCGGAACCGUUUGACAUCUACAGGAAGCCAUUCCUACUGUGAUCGUGUUAAUCUCUCGUCGAUUUCGAUCCAUUAAUUUGCAGCUUCUUUGCCUCUUGUCACUUUGUCAGGCAUUAGACUAGUUGCCUAUAUACACAUUCACAAUGUAAUGGAAUAUAUCGAGACUUUGAGUGGCGCAUGUAAGGCCUAUUUUGAUCGUAGGAAUUUCAACCGGAUUUUGAAGGAAUUGAAUGAUUUUAUAUUAAAAUUAUGUAACAUCCUUGUGCUCUAAAGGAGCCCUUCGAGCCUUAGACUAGCAUCAUACAUAUUCAGAGAACUAUUGUUUUAGGUGUAUAGUAGAGUGAAUUAAUGUGGACCAUGGAAUCAAAAAUAUAUACCGACAGUUAUCGUGCAG